GUCCCUUCUCGCCGCUCUCUCCCGGUCCACUCCGCCGCGCUCGGCGGUCAGCACUCCCCUCGCUGGCCUCCACGAUUCACCUUCAUUCCAAUUUCAGUUUCUUUCUACAACUGGCCCGUACUUGUUCCAAAGCUUCUUAGUGAUGUCUGUGGUGCCGUUUGAGUUUCUUUUAAAAACGAGGAAGUGAGACAAAGGGAUAACAAUGGGUUAACGUAGUUUGCUAACUUUUUUCGUUCUUUUGUGUUGUAAAAAGUAACCCAUUUAUAUUUAGGGAUCCUAUCCUUAUUAGCUUAACAGCAGGGAGGACAAACUAAUAUUGCAUUGAGGAAUAGUAGUUUAGAAAUAAAAUGCAGUUAGUAGUUUCCACUAAUAAUAGCAGUAUAUCCGACUCUGGGAGGAGCAAAGAUUUCAAAGGAUGAACUUGAGCAAAGUGUGAAGAACGGGGCAGUGAGGAAAUUCUGAGACAUGCUGUGUCGUCUUAAACUUCAGAAGAAUCUGGUCAGCUCUUCAGCGAGUGUUUGAAGUAGUAGUAUCGCUGUCCUAGGGUUUGAUCUAGGCUUUCCAAGCGUAUUUAUUUUUAGUCGUACCUGACACUGGAUGAGCUUGAGUCACUUGACCUGGAUUGUAUAUACAGGAGCAUAUAUCUUGGAGGUUAUAUAGUCAUGAGGUAAUAAAUCAAUAAUAAGCUAGAUGUUAAAUCGAAGCAAGUCCUGAGAGUGUGCAGAGGCUGAGUACUUAAAACUGUUGACUUGAGAUGGAGAGACUCCAAGUAAUGUUCUCAUCUCUGUUUCCUAAAGUAUUGACGUAGGAUCUCGGGGAAUUGGUUCCAGAAAAAUAGCUAAGACCUUCUCAGGCACUGGUAAGAGAUUUGAACGGUUUCCCAACUCUGGACCGUUGCUUUUCUAGGCUUAGUUUAGAGAACUGAGGGACAACGAUCAAUUCAGAGAUUAUGAGUAACAUCAUUUUUCCAAGACAGUAUAGGGUUCAUUUUUUUCUCUAUUUGGCACACUCUGGGGACUGAUCUGUAACUUUUGGAAGGUCAUGGGAUAGAUUCAUUUCCAGCACCUCCCUGGUUUAAUGUUUAUAUUAAAGGAGGCCACAAGAAUCCCUACUAACAAGCCAUUAGGACCAUUUCCUGGCCUUUAGUUACUUCUUCGUAUGCUUUUCUGUUUUUCCAGAGUUCCCAGAAAAUCGGCUUGUUUUCUCUUCUUUUUAAAAAUUUGAUUGGGAGAUGGAAAUGGGCCUCCUUGCAGGCCGUGAAAAAUAAUGCAUCAGUGAUCUUUUUAAGCGCUGUUCUGUGAACUGUUCUUUUUCUCACUGUAUUCUGUACAAAACAGUUUUUAUGAUUUAUUUAUGUUUCUUUGUUUAUAUUUUUCCUCAUUUUUUGCUGCUACUAGGAUUCCAUAGUGUGUGCUUCUUCCAUAUUUGCUUUUGUAGGUAUUUUCUUAGGAUAGAUUGCCUCCAGCUUUCAGCUGUCUCCACCGAAGCUGUCCUGAACAUCUUAUUUUCAAUCAUGACUGCCCUCUUGAAGACUUCAACCAUGACUAAAAGAGAAGCAGAGGAGCUGAUAGAAAUUGAGAUUGAUGGAACGGAGAAACCAGAGUGUACAGAAGAAAGUAUCGUAGAACAAACCUACACCCCAGCUGAAUGUGUAAGCCAGGCCAUAGACAUCAAUGAGCCAAUAGGCAACUUAAAGAAACUACUAGAACCAAGACUACAGUGUUCGUUGGAUGCUCAUGAAAUUUGUUUGCAAGAUAUCCAGCUGGAUCCAGAACGAAGUUUGUUUGACCAAGGAGUGAAGACAGAUGGAACUGUACAGCUUAGUGUACAGGUAAUUUCUUACCAAGGAAUUGAGCCAAAGCUAAACAUCCUUGAAAUUGUUAAACCCGCGGAAACUGUUGAGGUAGUUAUAGAUCCUGACGCCCACCAUGCUGAAGCUGAAGCGCAUCUUGUUGAGGAAGCUCAAGUGAUAACCCUUGAUGGCACCAAACACAUUACCACCAUUUCCGACGAGACCUCAGAACAAGUGACAAGAUGGGCAGCUGCCCUGGAAGGUUACAGGAAAGAGCAAGAGCGCCUGGGGAUACCCUAUGAUCCUAUCCAGUGGUCCACAGACCAAGUCCUGCAUUGGGUGGUCUGGGUAAUGAAGGAAUUCAGCAUGACUGACAUAGACCUCACCACACUCAAUAUUUCCGGCAGAGAAUUAUGUAGCCUCAGUCAAGAAGAUUUUUUUCAGCGGGUUCCUCGGGGAGAGAUUCUCUGGAGUCAUCUGGAGCUUCUUCGAAAAUAUGUAUUGGCAAGCCAAGAACAACAGAUGAAUGAGAUAGUUACAAUUGAUCAGCCUGUGCAGAUUAUCCCAGCGUCAGUGCAGUCUGCUGCACCGACCACCAUUAAAGUUCUUAACAGUAGUACAAAGGCAGCCAAAGUGCAGAGAGCUCCAAGGAUUUCAGGAGAAGACAGAAGUUCACCCGGGAACAGGACAGGAAACAAUGGCCAAAUCCAACUGUGGCAGUUUUUGCUAGAACUUCUUACUGACAAGGAUGCUCGGGACUGCAUUUCUUGGGUUGGGGACGAAGGCGAGUUUAAGCUAAAUCAGCCUGAACUGGUUGCACAAAAAUGGGGACAACGUAAAAAUAAACCUACUAUGAACUAUGAGAAACUCAGUCGUGCAUUAAGGUAUUAUUAUGACGGGGACAUGAUUUGUAAAGUUCAAGGCAAGAGAUUUGUGUACAAGUUUGUUUGUGACUUGAAGACUCUUAUUGGAUACAGUGCAGCAGAGUUGAACCGUUUAGUCACAGAAUGUGAACAGAAGAAACUGGCAAAGAUGCAGCUUCAUGGAAUCGCUCAGCCGGUCACAGCAGUAGCCCUGGCCACUGCUUCUCUGCAAGCAGAAAAGGAUAAUUGAGUCCCAGGACCUUCCGGGAGGCUGAGGACUUUCUUAAAUAUUUAGAGCAAGUACUGCUCUUACCUUUAUUACCGAAUUUGAAUCUUUUAUUUCUAGAAUGUAAAUUCUGAUGCAUGAUUUUUUUUUUUAUAAAUAUUUCAUACUCUUGUGAAUUUGGAUCUUUUUACUUUGAGCAUAUAUUUUAGAAUAUGUGUAUGUUAAGGGAUCACCACAGUGUUUUCAGCGUGAAGGCAACAUAUUCAUUGUGGAGUAGCUUGUUAACAGUCAGGAAAGCUAAACUGGUCAGUAUUAAUGUCUAGCCCUACCAAAAAUAGCCAGUAGCAUCUAAAGAUGAAAAGUAAAUGAAAUCUUCAGGGAACAGUCUGGCUUAACUAUUUUUUAAACUAGUUCACAAAUGCUGCUUUAGAUGUUGCUUUACAUAGAGCCCGAAGAUGGAAUUGUUCACAGCUAAAGCAUGUGUGCCUGUGUCAUCUGAUCAAGCAGAGCUCAGACGUUCAUAUCAAAUCAAAGUCUCGCGAUAUUGAUAAAUCACUCAACCAAGAGUGUCAAGUUAUUAAAGUAAUUUAUAUAUUUGCAAGCAAAGAUGAUAAGUCAACUGGCAGAAGAGCUGUGCUGAAGAAAGAGAUCCAGAUUUAAAUCUGGCUUACCUCAAGCCAACUUUAGGGAUUUGCUGUAUAGAUUAUACGUAAUGUGAGGCUGUGAAGUUAAAUUAUUUUGAGAGAGACAUUUAAUUCUAAUAAACCAGCUAUUACAAAAAUUUUGAAAUGAUCUCUGUUUUUCCUGUCAGAGAUUUAAAAAACUGAAAAAGUAUACCUCAGCCAGAAAAUAAAAAUUUAGUUUGGUUUGGUAUGGCUUGCUUGCUUUCUUAUUUUUCCUUUUAUUACCCUGUAGGGCCGGUUUGUUAUGCAAGGCAGCUCAUGUAUUCAUUGUGCUUCUUCGAAAUGAAGAUUUUAAAUCAGUCAACAGUACUUUACCUUUCAAAACAUUAGUAAAUUACUUAGAAACAGUUUUAAAAGGAAAAUUUGACUUCUAGUAUAUACAUUCCUCUGUCUUAAAACAAAACUUCCCAUUUAUUUAAUUUUCUUCCUUUUGAGUGUAUGUGUGUAUAAAAAUAUCUAUAUACAUUUAUAAUUGACCAUAUAUAUUUAUGAAGGCAUAAGAUAUUCAAAAAGAAAAAAAUAAUUCAUUAAAAAUUCUUUAAAAAUUAAUUCACAUAUAUAUGUAUGUGUAUGUGUGUGUGUGUGUAUAUAUAUAUAUAAAACUCUUUACUUACCGUAAGCUGGCACUAAACAGAAAUGGCUAGAAAUGUCUUCUGUCUUGCUUUCUUUUCUUCUUUCUGCCUUUUUGUCACUUGUUUUCAGGAAUGCAUGAAUCGUGAUAUGAGAGACUAGGAGAUAGCUUUUCAUUCCUCUUACAGGAAGAGACUCUUUAUUCGCCUUAAAUCCAUCCUAAAGCAGCUUUAUAAAAGCUCAGUUAAUGCUUUAGACUAAUGAGGAAGAAAGGGCCAAGGUGGUAUAUGGGCAAGUGCAUUGUUAGCAGUCUCUGCUGCCGGUACUAACGAGUGGGGUGGAAGGAUCCAUAUGAGGCAGGGAUCUUGGCAACAAGGAGAAAAGAAGGGAUCUGUGGUCUCCUUUUCUGGUAGUCUUAAGUCAUAAUUUGAAGCACUCUGCUAUAGGACUACAGCCUAUAAUGUCAGCUUAUUUAUACUCUAUUAAGGCCUUUAUGACUCUAGUAGAUAUUACUUAAAAAUAAUAAACGUUGUAACUUCUGUUUUUUUAUAAAUGCAAAAUAGACUGACAUCUUAAAUUUUUUUUACAGUUUGGGCACUUUUAUUGCAAGAAUAUCUAAGUAGGGUGACAAUAUGAAAUAAUAGAAGCUGUAGUUUCGGUAACAGCGAGGUAACUAAAAUGAUUUUACACCAUCUUGUGGCUUGAGGAGUUGACAAGCUGCUUAUGGUUUAAAAAAAUUAUAUACUAUUCUGAUAUACUAUCAAGAGGUUAAGAAUCUUGACCUUUAUUUGGAUUUUGUAGUGCUUUUGGGGAGACAUGUUAAAGUUUUAGCCAAGAUGACAUUUUUUUAUGUCUCAAAUUUUUUUGUUGUUGUUGUUAAUGGCAAGGAAUACCCAUAUUUUUCUUUUUUUUUUUUUUGGAGCCCUAA